AUGGACCAGAGUGGCAUAACCCCGAACACUUCGAAUCAGCAGCUUGUUAUAAACAGUGAUAAUGAGUCGGCGACCGCGCUGCUGCAGGAGAAGCAGAGUAGAAGAAGAGAGAAUCUAAAUGAAGUAUCCUUGACCGAAUACAUGACUGUCGGAAUAUUGUGCUUCGUCAACCUUAUCAACUAUAUGGACAGAUUCACCAUUGCUGGUGUUCUGGUUGACGUCAAAAAAGAGUUCGAAAUCGGAGAUGACAAAGCUGGGUUUCUACAGACAGUGUUCGUGGUGGCGUACAUGAUCUUCGCACCAAUUUUCGGGUACCUUGGAGACAGGUACUCGAGGCGUGUCAUCAUGUCAUUUGGAGUGGGACUAUGGAGCAUGACCACAUUAUUAGGAUCUUUCGCACACGACUUCGCACUUUUUACAUUUUUCCGUGGUUUGGUGGGCAUCGGGGAGGCUUCAUACUCAACGAUUGCACCCACCAUCAUCAGUGACCUAUUCGUCGGCAAUAUACGAUCUAAGAUGUUGGCGUUCUUCUACUUCGCUAUACCCGUUGGAAGUGGUCUCGGCUACAUCGUGGGAUCAUUAGCGGGGGCUGCGGCCGGCAACUGGCGAUGGGGUCUACGUAUCACACCCAUUCUUGGAGCUGCCGCCUUAGUACUUAUUUACUUCUUUAUGCAAGACCCUCCUCGAGGACAUGCUGAGGACAGCCAAAUGAAACCCACCUCGUAUAGCCAGGAUGUUCGAGCUCUUAUUAGAAACCCAUCUUUCAUGCUGUCGACGCUCGCGUUUACAUGCGUAGCGUUCGUGACAGGCGCGCUCGCGUGGUGGGGACCUCAGUUCAUAUUCCUUGGACUUAGCAUGCAACCUGAUGUAGAUGUUAGCAUUGGCAGCGUGUCGUACAAGUUCGGGCUGGUGUGCAUGGUGGCGGGGUCGCUGGGCGUGCCGCUGGGGUCGUGGCUGGCGCAGCGGCUCCGCGCGCACGUCCCGGACUGCGACCCGCUCAUCUGCGGGUUCGGCCUGCUCGCCUCCGCCCCCGUCAUCUUCUUCGCGCUCAUCACCGUGGGCUACCACGUCGGUCUCAGCUACUUGCUCAUAUUCGUCGGGAUGACCACUCUCAACCUAACCUGGGCUAUCGUCGCCGAUAUUAUUCUGUAUGUGGUGAUACCGCCAAGACGGUCUACAGCGGAAGCUUUCCAAAUCCUGAUUUCGCACAUGUUUGGCGAUGCUGGAAGUCCUUAUUUAGUCGGUGUGAUAUCGGAGAGUUUAAAAAUAUCGUUGUCACCUGUACAUGAUGAGGCGCCGACACCGUUAGUGGAGUUCAAGGCGCUGCAAUAUGCGCUGUUCGUGACGUGUUUUGUUGAAGUCAUAGGAGGCAUAUUCUUCUUAUUAACCGCGAUAUACAUCGUUAGAGACAAAUUAAGAGUCGAGAGAGCUAUUGCCGAAGCAGAAGCGCAGUCUGCUGAGCCUUCGCAUAUAUCAGCUCAAGAGGGCGUAGGAGGGGGUGAAUAA